GUCGAGCUGGUUCUACACUCAUCAGAAGUGUCAAUGAAAGUCUCAGGAUGCCUGAGAAUGAUGUGGCACCUAGUGAAACGCUAAUGAAGCAGGGACGACCGACGAGGUUGGUGUCUAUGCGUCACCGCAUUCGCCAUCUUCAACGGAUAGCAGCGUUCCGGGCACAAGACCACAUCAUCAAUUUCUAUCCUCAUGCUUUGCAUAUUUUUCAGUCAUUUUGUUUAGUUUCCGCCUCCUCUCUCGCUCCACAUUUUGGAAUUAGUGGGCGUCAUGCUCUUCACCCUGGUCUUCGGCGCUCUUGCAGCGGCCGCAUUGUUCAAGGGAGUGGCCCUUUAUAAAAAAUGGCAGGAGAACAUAGCGCUCGCAAAGAGCUCAGGACUACCCGUUGUUAUAAUACCAUGGAACAUCUUCAGUACAUUCUGGCUAGCAACCUUCUACAUCUGGAUUCCAAUACUAGAAGUCAUUUUGCCUGCUUCGUGGAAGGGCGAUUGGUUUGACCUACUAGAUCCAGAAUGGGGGUAUCGAAAAGGUCACGAGCCCUUCGAGAAGAUCGGAGGCGAUGUCUUCAUCAUUCCCUCAAUAACCCAAUUAUCUGCGUUUGUGGCCGAUGCGGAAGCCGUAACCCAAAUUACCACCAGGCGCAAUGAUUUUCCCAAGCCUCUUGAGAUGUACGGGGCUCUCGACAUCUAUGGCAAAAAUCUGGUCUCAACUGAAGGUUCAGAUUGGCGCAUGCAUCGAAAGCUCACAGCUCCGUCAUUUGGCGAGCGGAAUAACCAGCUCGUGUUCAAGGAGUCUAUUCACCAUGCCAAAUCACUACUUAGUCUCUGGACUGGACCAGGUGGUCAAGGCAACGAGACCGUACAGGAUCCAGCUUCCGCGACGAUGAGUUUCGCACUUUUCGUGAUCAGUUCUGCAGGCUUCGAUGUCCGCGUCAAGUGGCCACAUGAGGAGAGGAACCAAGCAUCUUCAGUCGAGAGCGACGAGUCAAAGCCGAUGCUUCUCGGAUCUGAGAAAUCAGCAGGCCACAAGAUGACCUAUCGUGAAGCUAUCAGCGAACUGCUUCAUAACAUCAUGUGGACCCAGAUCAUACCACCUAAGUAUCUGCCACUAUCCCCGGUCAAGGUACAUCGUACAGUCGGUGCCGCCGUGGCAGAAUGGGGACAAUACAUGGAUGAGCUGUACGAGAUGAAGAGGCAACAGGUAGCUUCCGGAGAUGCCAACAACGCGGGUAUGGACCUCUUCGACGCUCUAAUCCGCGGAAGUGGUAUCACGGAAGGGAAGACCAAUGUUUCAAAGAGCGAUUUGCUAGGGAAUGCCUUUGUUCUCAUGCUGGCCGGUCACGAAACAACCGCCAACACUCUCCACUUUUCCCUGAUCUUCCUUGCCAUGCACCGGGACUCUCAGAGACGAUUGCAACAGGACAUGGACAAAGUUUUCAGCGGCAGGCCGAUCGAGCAAUGGAUCUACGAAGAGCACUUCCCCAAGCUGUUCGGUGGCAUGGCUGCCGCUGUCAUGAACGAGACCUUACGCUUGUUGCAGCCAAUCGUCAAUAUCCCCAAAUCUACAGCACCAGGCCGACCGCAGAACCUCACCCUGGGCGACAAGACAUAUACCGUACCAGGCGGAACCCACAUCUUUCUCAACUCGGCGAUUCACAGGAAUCCAAAGUACUGGCCGGCGGGCCCCAAUGGUUCGAAUGAACGAGGAACAGGUAUAAAGAGGGAUGUGGACACUUUCCGCCCCGAGCGCUGGCUCUCAACUACAAAGAUGGAGGGCAGUUUUGUAGACAUUGCAUAUGAUGAUGAAGAACUGCGUGGUCCAUCAGGUGAGGAUACGUCCGCAUCGCUCUACAAGCCUGUCAAGGGUUCAUACAUCCCCUUCAGCGACGGCUUCAGAUCCUGCAUCGGGCGGCGCUUCGCACAGGUCGAGAUCCUGGCCGUACUUGCAGUCAUCUUCUCGCAGUAUAGUGUCGAACUUGCAGUGGAAGAGUGGGGUACCGAUGAAGAGGUUGCCGCUAUGAACAGGGCAGAGAAAGAGACGAUUUAUCAGAAGGCUGUCGACAGAGCAGAUGACGCCCUGAAGACGAAGGUAGCUAGCAUCAUCACUUUGCAAUUGAGGGGAACAAGCGUGCCUAUAAGAUUAGUUCGACGGGGAGAAGAGAGGUUUGACAACUAAGUCGACAUGUUGGCAUGUGUAUAUGGUUACCAUAUUCGUAACAGCACUUUGUAUACAACUCACAUAGGAACCUGGGCACAUAUAGAGAAUACACUCAGAGACAAUCAGGCCACUCUCGAAUCUCGAUCCCGGGCCCAGU